AUGGCGCUGUCACCAGAAAGUACCCUCACCACUCUCCAAAAUCUUCAAAAAUCCCACGAAUUGAGUAUUAUAAAAUUGAGCGAGCCAAUCUCUGCCCCUUUAAAACCAGGCGAUCGAACAUCCAAUGGUUCAGCAGCUGAUCCUCUCGAAAAUCCAUCUCCUGCUAGUUUAGAGGCUGAUUUGGCGCAUUAUAAGGAACUCUUCUCCAAACUCCGCUUCUCCUACCUCGAACAAGUAACCAAAGAAAAAUUCAUCCGAGCCAUCGUCGGCGAUCCACCCCUCGUAGUGGAACAUCAAGAAAACCUCGAUUUAGAAGCCUCAUUACUCCUCUCCAAAUCCUCACUCAAAGCCCAAAAAGUCGAAGUCGCAGAACUCGUUGAAGAGCUUGAGAAACGAGGAAGAGAAUUAUGUAGAAAAUAUGAACAUAUCCAAUUGCAAACUAAACAACUUUCCGAACUGCCGUUGAAAAUAUCGGGAUUAGAGGAGAAUAUUCAAAAGUUGAAAAAUGAGCAGAAUGGGAUAGAUGGAGAGGGGAUAAGUCAUCCGAAUCUUAAAUUGGGGUUAGAUAGGACGAAGGAGUUGGUGGAAGAAAAGGAAAAGGAAAGGAGAGAUCUAGAUAGACAGUUGGAACAGUUACAGGUACAGGUUCCGAGGAAAGCUAAGGAGGUUGAGAGGUUAAAUGCGGAAUUAGUACCGUUAGAAGCGAAGAAAACGAUUAGUGUUGCGGCGGCAAGAGAGGCAAAGAGGAGGAAGGAAGAGGGAGCAGGUGGGACGGGCGAUGAUUUGGAGGAAAGAGGACGCUGGUGGAGGGGUGUAGAAGGAGGAUUGAGGGGAAUGUUAGGGGUGGAGGGUGAUGCUUAG